CCGUAUCGCCUAGCCCGGGCCAAGUUUCACUUUCAUACCAGCCCGGCCCAGCAGCUUCCUUCAACCUCAAACCCGCUCGAACCUCCGGCUCCACUCGCCGUCGCCGCCGCCGCCGCCCACCGACGACGAAGGGAUGGGGACGUCCGUGCAGGUGAUGCCGCUGAGCGGGGCGUACGGGGAAGGCCCCCUUUGCUAUCUGCUCGCCGUCGACGGCUUCCGCUUCCUCCUCGACUGCGGCUGGACCGACCACUGCGACCCCGCCCUCCUCCAGCCCCUCGCCAGGGUUGCGCCAACAAUAGAUGCUGUUCUUCUGUCUCAUCCUGACAUGAUGCAUCUAGGAGCUUUGCCCUAUGCUAUAAAACAUCUUGGAUUAUCUGCACCAGUAUAUGCAACAGAACCUGUGUUUAGACUUGGCCUUUUAACCAUGUAUGAUUAUUUUCUAUCUCGAUGGCAAGUUGCAGAUUUUGACUUGUUUUCUUUGGAUGAUAUUGAUGCCGCAUUCCAGAAUGUUGUGAGACUGAAAUAUUCACAGAAUCACCUUCUUAACGAUAAAGGUGAAGGAAUAGUUAUUGCGCCACAUGUGUCGGGCCAUCUUUUGGGGGGUACAGUAUGGAAGAUAACAAAAGAUGGAGAGGAUGUCGUCUAUGCUGUUGACUUUAACCACCGAAAAGAGAGGCAUUUGAAUGGUACUACCCUUGGAUCUUUUAUACGGCCAGCUGUUUUGAUUACUGAUGCUUACAAUGCCUUGAACAAUCAGGUCUACAAAAGGCAGCAGGAUCAAGAUUUCAUUGAUUCAAUGGUGAAAGUUCUAUCAAGUGGUGGUAGCGUAUUACUGCCUGCUGAUACAGCUGGUAGAGUGCUAGAACUUCUUUUAAUAAUGGAGCAGUACUGGGCUCAACGACAUUUGGUCUAUCCUAUCUACUUUCUGACAAAUGUUUCUACUAGUACUGUUGAUUUUGUCAAGAGUUUUCUUGAAUGGAUGAGUGAUUCUAUCUCAAAGUCUUUUGAACACACUAGAGAUAAUGCCUUCUUAUUAAGACAUGUCUCACUGAUAAUUAACAAAGAAGAGCUAGAGAAACUGGGAGAUGCUCCAAAGGUGGUUCUAGCAUCCAUGUCAAGUUUGGAGGUUGGCUUUUCUCAUGACAUUUUUGUUGAGAUGGCAAAUGAAGCUAAAAAUCUAGUGCUUUUUACUGAGAAGGGUCAGGUACGUCCAUGUGUGCAGCCUCUUCAAAUGGGUCACACUUCUCUUCACUCUUCACAUGUUUUCAGUGGCUUGCCACCUUAAAUAAAUUGCUAUAAG